GGUUCGCCGUGGGUGGGCUGGCGGAACGUGACGGGAUCGUCGGGGCCUGUGGAGAUCACGUUCGAGUUCGACGACGUCAGAAACUUCUCCGAAGUGUCGCUGCAAAUGAGCAACAAGUUUUCCGACGGUGUGAAGGUGUUUUCUCACGCGCGGGUGUUUUUCGGAGUCGGCGGCCGGUAUUACAACACGAAUCCGCUGACCGUGUUUUACGCCCCGGACGACAUCUUGGAACAUCCCCGAUUCGUCAAGAUCAAACUGAGGAAUCGGAUCGGAAAGUUUGUCAAAUUGCAGCUUUUCUACGCGGCCGACUGGAUGAUGAUCUCGGAAGUCACGUUCGUUUCCGAAAUCGUCGAGGGCGAGCGGCCGGACGAAGAAGAGCCCAUCCUUUCGUCUCUCGAUUACGACAAUGGCGAAACCGACCACAUUUCCGUGUUUCAUUCAAACAACAACAACAAUAACAAUAAUCCUGGCAAGAGUGGAGGAAACCCUCCGAAUCGGUCGACCGCGGAAACCGGCAGCAAGGAAGACGCGUCGGAGCGGAUGAACUCUGGCCGAGCAUUGGUGAAUAACGGCGGCGGUGACGAGACCGCCGCCACGGAGCCCCAGGAUCACACGUACAAUCCUCAGUAG